AUGACUAAGCAAAAAAAGAAUCGUAUAUAUGUUAUUGGAUUGGCAACUGCUCAACAGUUUGCUGAUGAAGGUGCUUAUGUAUUUAUUACUGGUCGUCGUCAAGAAGCCCUUGAUUCAGCAGUAAAAAGAAUUGUAAUUAAAGAAGAAAAAGGCAAGUUAGAUAUACUCUUUGCAAAUACUGGUGUUGCCGGUUCGAUGCCAUUACAAUCGAUUACUAAAGAAUUUUAUGAUAAUAUAUUUAAUAUUAAUGUUAAAGGUGUACUUUUUACUGUUCAAAAAGCUUUACCACCUUUAAAUGAAGGAGCCUCUAUUAUAUUAAAUGCAUCAUUUGUUUCAAUCAAAGGAACACCAGGAUCAUCUGUUUAUUUUGCAAGUAAAGCUGCUGUUCGUUCAUUUGCUCGUUGUUUCUGUGUUGAUUUAAAAGAACGUAAAAUUCGAGUCAAUGCUGAAGUUUCAAAAUUUAUUGUUGAUAGACUUACAUCAUCAACUGUUUUAGGACGACUUGGCCAUCCAAUUGAAAUUGCCAAAGCAGUAGUAUUUUUAGCUUCAGAUGAUAAUUCAUAUGUCACUGGUAUUGAACUUUUUGUUGAUGGUGGUGCUGGCCAAAUUUAA